UAAACGAUAGCAGAACAUUACUGUUUGUUGUUUGUUGAGCCAAAGUGAGCAUUUAUUAUAUAGUACUUGUUAUCGCGUGUUUUACAGAAUAUCUUGCAAGAACUUGAUGAUGUGAUUAUAAAUUAAUUUUUAAAUAUAGUUUCGCUUUAACUUAUAUAAAUUAACCUCAACGAAUUUAUUGUCGGGAACCAUACAAACGCGAAGCCAAGUUUUAUCGAGACGAUUCUGUUUUAUUUAGGCGGCCAUUUCCAUUUUUACCGGUGGCUUUCGGUGAAUAGUUUUUAAACGGCUUGACAAAUACAAUUAACGAAUAUUAGUGAUGUUAACUUGCUGUUUCAAUGUAAAUGUGGCCUAAAUUUGAAAUUACAAGAUAAGUGAAGAAGAUAUUAGGACAGAAGUUAGUUCUGAAGAUGCCAGAGCCAACAAUCACACGAAGAUUUUUCGAACUUCAAAGCAGGAUGGUCCAAUCCAAAUUAUAGUCUUGAUUUAUGGCACAAGUAACCACCACUGCUAAAUAAUAGGCCCCACUCCAAGAGUCAUGGGUUAAUACUAAAAAGAGGCCGAUGGAGUGUUGAAUUUGUUGAAUGAAUACAAGAUCAAAACCGACUUCAUAAGCCAUAAGUUGAGAGAAUGGUAUCAUUCCAACAAUAGAAAAAGAUGGUAAAAUGCAUUACAGCAAAUGUAAAAUGUUCAGCAUUGAUUAUAAUAACGCGUCUUCGUCAGACAACGAGACAACAUUAUUAGACGAUAAUUUCGAACAAAAACAGAUCCCUUGCAAAUAUGGAUGGAACUACGACAGAUCAAAGUUUACGAACACGGUUGUAAUGGAUUGGGACUUGGUUUGCGAGAACGAUUUCUCUGUGACACUGGCGCUGGUAUUGUUCGGAGUAGGUGGUUUAAUAGGAAAUUACAUAUUUGGUUAUGCCCAAGACAGGCUCGGUAGAAAACCGUCGUUCUAUAUCUACCUUACGAUCCAAUCUAUUUUUGGGUUUGCCACAACUUUUGCGACUAAUUAUUAUGUUUGGAUAGCGUUUAGGGUUGGGGUAGGUUUCACGGUACCCGCAAUACUUGGAACCCCAUAUGUUUUAGCUAUCGAAUUGGUUGGACCUCGUUAUAGAACAUUGGUAACAAUUCUUAUCAACAUUGCAUACUCCUUAGCGUUGGUAUCAUUAGCAAUAAUAGUGUGGGCAGUUAGAGACUGGAGAAAUCUAUCAUUAACCACUACCCUGCCCUUCCUUCUCUUAUUCACGCUGUAUAAGCUUUUACCGGAAAGUCCUCGGUGGCUUUUAGCCCAAGGAAGAUAUAGGGAUGCUGAAAAGAUUCUUUCCAAAAUAGCAAGAAUAAAUGGACGAAAACUCCCUGUAAACUACAUUAAGUACCUCAAAGUGAAAAUAGAAAAGGAAAAAGCCAAAGAAAAAGAACAUAAGAAAAUUUACGGCGUGAGGCAUUUGUUCCAAACACCGAAUUUACGAAUUAAAACAUUAAUUGUAACGUUUAUCUGGUUCACGAACACAAGCGUUUACGUGGGACUGUCGUAUUACGCUCCCGUUUUAGGUGGCGAUGAGUUCCUUAACUUCUUUUUGGCAGGUGCAGUCGAAUUGCCCACGUAUCUUUUCCUGUGGCCCUCAAUGGAAACGUGGGGCAGAAGAUGGACGCUGUGUGUUAGCAUGAUCGUAGGUGGUUCGGCUUGCCUCGCCACAUUUUUAGUACGACACGGUAUGAAAAUAUUUUAUAUAUUAUAUAUACCUACAGGGUGUAUCACAAAUAUUGUCCAAAAAAUAUCUUAUAAAUCUACACUUAAUUAGACAAACUCCACUUCACUCCACUUGAUGAAAGGCUUAUAGGCUAGACACUAUAACAAUAAUUAGGAAUACAAA